AUGGAUUCCUUACCUACCUAUAGUCUUAGUCUGUCUGACUUGUCAUUAGCUAUGUUACUGCAGUCGGGCCUAGCUUCAAUUGUUAUUCCAGCUUCCAACACUCCUGUUAUUCUGGCCUCUGAGUCAAUUAUUUCUGUGGUUUUCCCUCACCACAACCUCCGUAUGUCUAAGAUCUUGGUACGCGAUUUGCUUCAUCUUUUUGACGAUCAACCUUUCACAUUCACAACGGUGCUUCCAUUCUGCAAUCUAAUCGUAUGACAACUAUACUUUCAAACGCUGGCCGUUUAAAAACAGUGUGCUUUCUUUCAUAAAAAUACUUCUUUCGACUUGUUGUCGCAAUUGGACUGGCUCCUUCACAUUGCUCUUGGGUCACUCGUAAAACAAAAGACACAAAAAAGCAAAUAAUCACCCCUCAGUAACAA